AUGCUUGAAACCGGCAGGAGAUCCGCCAUAAGUACUUCCGAGCUAGGGCUUUAUUCCGACCGUGGUGAUCGAUAUAACAGGAGUCGCUACGGUUUAAUCGUGCGGAAACUUGCGAUCGGAGUUAUGGUGGUGGUAACGGUGAUACUGGUGGCGAUAUUCACGUACGAUUUUACAUCCGCCACAUCGGGGAACAGCAAAAUCAAUCAAGAAACGAAGCACAUAUACAUACUACAAAAUGCCCUCAAGAAGUCACCGAAUCUCGCGAAAAAGCCUACAAACGCCACGUCUCAGUACGAAGCCAUGAUUAAUCGCACAGACGAUCUUUCCAUAGAAGAUCGUUCAGACGAUGAGAACUACGGAAUUCUCAUGCAACGAAAUGCAACGGGCGAUAUAACGCCGGUCGAGACACGCAUCGCGAAAGCGAGCGAGCCCGAGAUGAGAGCGCAGAAUCUGCACAAUUUCAAGCAGCGGAAGAGAGUGCUGAAAUCCGUGGAAGAUGCCAAUGAAAAUGAGGACCCCGACACCAAGCAAUUGUUCGAUAAUCAUGCGAUCGUUUAUCGUGUGAGACAGAGGCACAAAUAUCCGGACACAGAGGAGGACGUAAGCGCGGAGGAGGCCCGACCUACGCCGUUUCACUGGGAAUUCAAGACGCCGCAACCGACGUCAUUCAAACGGCCAAGAUAUCCGCAGCUGACGCAAUAUCGAUACCCGCAUUCGUCCAGGAGUAUCCAGGACAUCAUUAAGUAUCUGACGAACAGCGCUGAGAUGCCGAAUCGCGGCAUCAAAUUCACUGGCGUCUACGUGAAUCCAAAAAAGUACGAUCUGAUGUCCGACAUGGGUGAGAUGAUGUCCAGCAGUGAUAACUCCGAGGAAAACGAGACACCUUCCUAUCCGAUCAAAUCGGGCAUGUACAGUAACGAUCCCUUCUACCAGUACAAACCGAAACACCCGGCGGACGUCAAUCUCCUAGCUACGUCUAACGUAAGGUUCUCUCCGACCGGAGUACAUCGAUACAGCCCUUAUUACGACCCCAUAUAUUCCCGACCUUUAGUCAAUUACAACAAACCGGUCAUAACGGAACCGCAAUACGAAAGCGUUGCCUCAUACUCGACGAACACCAUAACGAAGAACCGGAAACCGAAGCCGUUCAGCGUAAUGCUGGACAUUUAUCCCAUCACCGACAUUAUGGAGCAGAAUAAGAAGACGACGUGGCCUAGGCCGCAAGGAUCCACGGACGAUUACGACCUCCGAAGGCCCGUCCUAUACCAUGGAAAUCCUAUACCAAAAUUUUAUCCAUCCCCGCAACCUAUACCUCUUAUGGCUGCACCUAGCCCUACGCCUAUAUCGGAAGAAGAGGAGAGAAAGCAAAUGAUACUUCAUCUAAACUUGUACCCUCGGAAGAAGAAUAAGCUCAGCAGAAACGAUAUCAUACACAGAUCGGAAUUGAUGGAACCCGAAGAGCGACAGGAAUUUGCAAACAAGAUAAUAUCCCCCUUGGAGUCGAUCACCAAGCAGUUGACUGAUCAUUCCGCGAUCGAAGAGUCGAAGUUCGAGGAGAAUCAAAACUCAGAGACAACUAGUCUUCCGAUAACGCGAUAUCACGAGAUGAAUUUGGACGAUAAGAGCGAGAAGGAGGGAGAUCUUCUGUUGGAUAACGAUUCAGAAACCUAUACGGAUCUGGUUAACAACGAUCGUACCGUAGAAGAUACUAUCGCAUCUUCCAAUCAUAAGUUAAGCAUAGAUGAGGAUUUUGCGAGCACGGAGAGAUAUGAAAUUAAUGCGCAAAGAAUAGUCGUGACUGAAAAAGAUUGCGCGAAUUGCGACAACACAACGAUCCACAGCUCGAAGGCCAACGCGAACAAAAAUAUCGAUCCUUCGAGAAAUAUCGAAGGAUCUCAACGUUUCAGCCCCUUGCGCUGAGAA